AUGGGGGGGCCGGGACCCCUGCCCUGGCUGCGCUGGCCGCAUCCGCAGUCACCACCCAGGCCCCCUGCCCCAGGCUGCACCUGGGGACGGCUUGCUGAGUCACUGCAGGCCGGGUGUGGGGGGGGGCUCCUUAACCCGGAGCCAAAGCUCCUUGGGGGUGUCCAUCACACAGAAAGCUGCGCAGCCCCCCAGGGCUUCCAGGCAGGCCCCAGUGUGCAGGCCCCCUGGGUCCCUGGGGGGGUGGAAGGCAGGGGCGAGGGAGCCGCCGCAGCCCCUGCCCACCGAGGGCCGGAGGAGAGGGGGUGCUGGCCAUGGCUAGGGUGGGGUGUGGGCUGCCCGGGGUCUGACGGGCCUCUCCGGUGCCCAGGCAGACCUGCGGCCAGUGUGUUUGACCUGAAGGCCAUCAGCCGGCUGCUGCUGCUGCCAGGUGUCCUGCCCGUGUUUCUCAUCAAGGUGGUCUCCGGCUUCCCCUCAGGGCUCUUCAUGAUCAUGUUCUCCAUCAUCUCCAUGGAUUUCUUCCGGCUGGAGGCUGCCCAGGCUGGCUACCUCAUGUCCUACUUCGGGGUCCUCCAGAUGGUCAUCCAGGGCCUGGUCAUCGGGUGGCUGAGCAGCCGCUUCUCGGAGGGGGCCCUGCUGCGUGCCAGCGUGCUGGUCUUCAGCCUCGUGGGCCUGGCCAUGGCGCUGAUGUCCAGCACCUUCCACUUCUGCCUGCUGGUGCCCGGCCUGGUGUUCAGCCUGUGCACCAUGAACGUGGUCACCGACAGCAUGCUGGCCAAGGCUGUGCCCGCCUCGGACACCGGCACCAUGCUGGGGCUCUCUGCCUCGGUGCAGCCGCUCACCCGCACCCUGGGGCCCUCCCUGGGCGGCCUCUUGUACCGCAGCUUCGGCGUCGCUGUCUUCGGCCACGUGCAGUUCGCCGUCAACUUCCUGGUCCUCCUGGCGCUCUGGAGGCGGCCUCUGCCCCGGAAGAGUGUCAAAGUCCAGUGAGCACAGUCCCAGGGCACCGCCUGCCAAUAAACUCCCUCGGGACCUCUUCCA